UUACUUAACGAAAAAAAACCUGCUGUCCUUGAACAAGAAAAGCCUACUGAUGAGGAAGAAAAAUUAUCGCCACCGAAACUAGAAGAUGAAGAAGAGCAACCAGAAAGCGACAACGACGAGGGGGGGGGGGAUGAAAAUGACGAAAUUGCUGAAAAACUUGUCCCCGAGCAAACCCCAAUAAAUACUGGCGCUAAGGAAACCAGCGAAGAAAAAGACGAUGACUUAUUCACUGCCCAAAAAUUUGCCCGCCGAAAAGUUAAACAAUUGCUGAAAAAACACUCUUUAACCCACCAAGAUUUGUCCCCAGAAUACCAAAACUGGUGGGAGCAAAUUCAAAAACUAAAUUCAAAGCAAGCCAUUAAUCAGUUUCUCCAACAAAUGGAGGCCGCCAUAAACAAAAAAGCCCAAACUCUCAACCAAACUGCUCCUCAUUCCCCCGCGGGUAAAAAUGAUUAUCAUCUGCUUUGGCUUGGCUUAGGAGCAAUUGUCUUGUCGGCGGGAGGACUAAUUAUUUUGUUUACUUCCUCUUGGCAAAAAAGAAAAAUUAGUAAAAACUAA